GUCCCAACAAAGGAGAGGUGCAUGGCAGGCAGGUGGAGGAAACAAGAUCUAGAGCUGAGCAAGAACAUCCCAGCAUCUCAUUGAUGUUAAAAGUAUAUUCUGGAGUCUUCUGUGGUUCACUAAUCCAGAGCUUACAGAGAUUCCUUAUAUAUUACAUGGCAGGAAGUAUAGGUAAACUUAGUGAUAGAGAGGACAUCAAAUUAAACAAGAACUUUCCUCAUAUCUCAGAACCCAUCCUCAGUAAAAAUGUCCAAUAAGGUCAACUGGUUACAAAGCCAAAAUGGAGUAUGCAAAGUUGAUGUUUAUUCACCAGGAGAGGGCCAGGCCCAGGACUGGAAAACGGAAGCCCCAACAGAUCCUGUCAGAGUGCUCAGCUGGCUCCGCAGAGACCUGGAAAAGAGCACAGCAGAGUUCCAAGAUGCUAAGUUCAAACCUGGAGAAUCAUCAUUUGGUGAAGAACUGGCCAACCCUGGUGACCCACGCAAAGGUUUCUCUGUAGACUAUUACAAUAACACCACCAAGGGCAGUCCAGGAAGAUUGCACUUUGAGAUUACUCACAAAGAGUCUCCUUCCCAGGCUGGUAACAAGAGUUCAGUAGACGAAGUGUCCUUCUAUGCAAACUGCAUCACAAAUCUAGUCAUAGCCAUGGCCCGCAAAGAGAUUGAGAAGAAUGAUGACACUGUAAAAAAAAGUGUCCAACAGUCAUUGUAUAUGGGGGAUGAACCCACAUCCCAGAAAAGCUUGAGCACAGUAGCAUCUGAGUUGGUGAAUGCAACUGUCUCUGCAUGUGUCAAGAACACUGAGACUGACAAAGCUUCUGGCUCUGGAGACAAAAACGCUGACACCGACAAAGCUCCCGGUUCUGGAGACAAAUCCCCAAGUAUGAAAUACAAAAGCACUUUGAAGAUCAAGGAAAGCAAGAGUCCAGGUGACAAGCCUGCUUCUAAGAAGUCUGUAUUCUAUCAGGAAUUGUUUGAAUCUCGAAAUUCAGGAGGUGCCAAAGAGGGUGGGAGGUCUUUACCUGCAGAGAAAAAGAUGUCCAAAGGGAAGGAAAGGGCUGAUGACUUCACAGGUUCUGUUAGUCAAGGGAUCAUGACCUACGCCAAUAGUGUAGUAUCUGACAUGAUGGUCUCCAUCAUGAAGACACUGAAGAUCCAAGUGAAGGACUCAACCAUUGCCAGCAUCCUACUGAAGAGAGUCCUGAUCAAGCACGCAAAGGAGGUUGUCUCAGAUCUCAUUGAUUCCUUCAUGACGAACCUGCACAAUGUCACAGGAACCCUCAUGACUGACUCAGACUUCCUCUGUGCUGUGAAAAGAAGUCUCUUCUCUCAAGGAAGCCAAAAGGCCACAGAUAUCAUGGACGCCAUGCUAGGAAAACUCUACAAUAUGAUGUUUGCCAACAAAUACCCUGAGACUAUCAGGAGAGCCAAGGAUAAAUCUGAGAGUUAUUCCCUAAUCUCCAUGAAAGGAAUGGGUGACCCCAAGUACCGGAACAUGAACUUUUUAAUGAAAUCUGAAGCUAAAUUGAAAGAAAAGAUGUAUUCCACAUGCAAACCACAGAAAGAGAAGACAUGCAUUGAAACUGUAGGUGAACACAUCAUCAAAGAGGGAUUGAACAUGUGGCAUAAAAAUCACCAGAAAGAUUGUAAAUCUCCAUGUCCUCAGCGUGCAAAAUCUGCAACUCCUAAUGAACAGGAUAGCCCUGUGUCAGACAGUCCCUUGGAAGAUCGGGAAACCUGCAACCUCAGCCCUUCUCUGUGCCACCCAGAAGAUGUUGAGAAUUUCAUGUGUAGUUCAGACUCCUGGGCCAAGGACCUGAUUGUAUCUGCCCUACUUCUCAUUCAAUAUCAUCUGGCCCAGGGAGGAAAAAUGGAUCCACAGAGCUUCCUCGAAGCUGCUACCACCACCAGCCACCCCGCUAACAAGCUUUCUGCAGCUCCCAAUGAGUCUAAGUAUCCUCAUAAGGUUUGUGACCAGGAACAAACCGGAAAGAAGGAUCUCAUGAGUGUUUUUUUCAAUUUCAUCCGGAAUUUACUUAGUGAGACCAUUUUUAAGAGUGACAAUUGCCCUGAAUCCAAGGUGCUUAUCAAGGAAGAAAGUGUCAACCUGUGUGAAAGACCUGUGACUCCUUGUUCUACCAAGCUAUGUGAAGACACUGAGACUGGCAGUCCCUUCUCUGAACUGACCAAGAUGGUCGCCAGCCAGGUAGAUGGUAACAUGAGCAGGCAGAUGGUAGAACAGCUCAUGGACUCUGUGAUGAAGUUGUGUGUCAUCAUUGCCAAGUCUUGUGACCCUUCAUUGACAGAACUGGGAGAUGAUAAGUGUGGAGAUGCCAGUCGGCCAAACUCAGCCCUCCCAGAUAGUUUAUUUGAGUGCUUACCCGUCAAGGGCACAGGGACAGCAGAAGCUCUCCUGCAGAACGCCUAUCAAAAUAUCCACAAUGAGCUAAGGUGUCUUUCAGGACAGCUGCUGGAAGGAUGUGCAGCCCCCAAGGUGAUCGUCAGCAACCACAACCUAACGGACACAGUGCAAAACAAGCAGCUGCAAGCCGUCCUCCAGUGGGUAGCUGCCUCUGAACUCAAUGUUCCUGUUUUGUACUUUGCUGGUGAUGAUGAAGAAAUCCAGAAGAAGCUACUCCAGCUCUCCGCUGCCGCUGUAGAAAAGGGACGCAGCGUGGGGGAAGUUCUGCAGUUGGUGCUGCGCUACGAGAAGGAGCGACAACUGGACGAGGCUGUGGGAAAUGUCACACGGCUGCAGCUCCUGGACUGGCUGAUGUUGAACCUGUGACGGUGGCCCUCUCAGAGCAACUGCUGCUCCUGUGUGGGCCCAGCCCUGGCUGCCCUCCCACCAUAGCUGUCCUCAAGUCCUCUCAGAGCUCUUAUGCUACCCUCAUACCACUCUCGUUAAAGACGUAUCAUCUUUGAGUCACUGAAUUUUGAAGAUUUUUUCUGUCCAUGUGAGCAAGGACAUAAAAUUAAAAAUUACAA